AUGGCGACCAACGAGAAAGAACAAUCUCACAUCGUGCCUCUCAAGGACGUCGAGGCUCACCAGCUCGAACAUGGGCAUACCACCACGGAUGCAAUCAAGGACGAGUCGUCGAGCGAAGAACUCCACACGGUCGAUAAAGGCUAUACCGACGACGAUGUCCUCGUCGAACUACCCGCCGCCGAAGGACAACGGAUUCUGAGAAAAGUCGACUACCGUCUCGUCCCCUUGCUCGCCUUGCUGUACCUCGUCGCCUUCAUCGAUCGCAGUAAUAUCGGCAAUGCAAAAAUUGCUGGUCUGGAAGAUGCGAUCAAUAUCGACGGUCUGCGGUACAACACGGUGGUGACGAUGUUCUUUAUCCCGUAUGCGCUGUUUGAGGUGCCUUCGAACAUUGUGUUGAAGCUGUGGAGGCCUUCUCUCUGGAUCGCCAUCCUCAUGUUCUCGUGGGGCCUGGUGAUGACUUUGAUGGGCAUUGUGAGCAGUUACGAAGGUCUGCUGGCAGCUCGUUUCUUCCUGGGCGUUGCAGAGUCCGGCUUCUUCCCCGCCGCAGUUUUCCUACUCACGAUAUGGUACAAACGAUACGAAGUCCAGAAGCGCAUGGCAGUCUUCUACACCGCCGCGUCGCUCUCUGGCGCCUUCUCGGGUCUGCUGGCCUACGGUAUCGAGCAGAUGGACGGAGUCCGCGGCCUCGGCGGCUGGCAGUGGAUCUUCAUCCUCGAAGGGCUGGUGCCCGUGGCCAUGAGUUUGUUCAUCUGGAAGCUCCUUCCUGACAACCCGGAGACGGCGAGCUUCCUGACCAAGCAUGAGAAGGAGUACAUCAUCAAUCGGCUCGCGCUGGAGACCGGCUCCGGACGGGGAAGAGUUACGAACAGCGACAAGAUCGGCAUGCGCCACGUCCUCGCAGCUCUAAAGGAAUACAAGAUCUGGGGAGCCUGGGUCAUGUUCUGGGCCAACACAAUCGGUGUCUAUGGCUUCACCGCCACUGCACCAACCGUCAUCCUAGGUCUGGGUUACGAAAGCACGACGGCCCAGCUUUUGACGAUCCCAAUAUACGUCUUCGCAAUGAUCAUGGUGAUCAUCUUCGCCUUUUGGUCUGAGAAAGUCCAGCAGCGGACUCCAUUCAUCAUGGCCGGCUAUGCUAUCGCAGCUUGUGGUUUCAUCGCCCAGCUCUCCAUCCCACAGACUCGACUUCCGGGCCUCACGUAUGGCUUCCUGUUCCCGGUAGCGGCAGGACUCUAUUGCCCCUUCAUCCAGAUCGUCACAUUGAUCGGAAACAACCUCGCCCCCUCCUCAAAGCGGGCGGUGGGCAUGGCACUGCUCAUCUCGGUCGGGAACUUGGGCGGUAUCGCUGGGAGCAACAUCUACAUUGCCAGCCAGGCACCCAAGUACCCGACUGGUUUUGGCACCGGGCUUGGGAUCUCGGUUGCGGCCAUCAUAAUGGCGUUUUUCCUGCGGAAAGCUUUUGACCGGGAGAACAAGAAGAGGCUGGCCAUGAUUGAGAGUGAAGGAGAAGAUGCGAUUAGAGCGAGGUACAGUGAACAAGAGUUGUUGGAUAUGGGGGACUUAUCCCCAUUCUUUAUCUAUACUCUGUAG